AUGUGGACUACUGAGGAACAAAACAGAAGAAGAAGAAGAAUCUGCUUUGUUGCUGUUUCUAUAGUUAUUUCACUGCAUCUGGUGGGUUUGGUGUCUGCAACUAGUAGAACUUUUACAACUAAUCAUCAAGCUCAUCAUCAACAACAAGCAGGACAAAACUUUGAAUCUAUUUCACCAGCACCUUUAAGCAGCUCGCAACAGGAAUUUCUUCAGGGUAUGGGUGGGAGUGAAGGAGAAUAUAAAAUGUUGAGUACACUUGGAUCUAGACCACCAAGCUGUGAGCAUAAAUGUGGAGGAUGUGUACCAUGUGAAGCAAUACAAGUUCCAACAACAACUGAUAGAGUUGGCAUUCAGUAUGCAAAUUAUGAACCAGAAGGAUGGAAAUGCAAAUGUGGAACUACUUUCUUUAAUCCUUGA